AUGGUGGACAGUGACACGAACUCUCCCACGUGGAAGUUCACCCAGUGCUUUGGAGACAAGGGCGAUGUGGAGGACAUCACCGAAGCUGAUAUUAUCUCGACGGUCGAGUUCGAUCACACGGGCAAUUACCUCGCGACAGGAGACAAGGGUGGAAGAGUUGUUCUGUUUGAGCGAAACGAGACGAAAAAGACUUGCGAAUACAAGUUCCACACGGAAUUUCAGUCUCAUGAACCCGAAUUUGACUACCUCAAAUCCCUUGAAAUCGAGGAGAAGAUCAACAAGAUCAAGUGGUGCCGCCGUCAGAAUGCUUCCCACUACCUGCUCUCCACGAACGACAAGACCAUCAAGCUGUGGAAGGUCUUCGAGAAGUCGCUCAAAGUUGUCGCGGAGAACAACUUAUCCGAUGACUUAACGCCCGCGAAUAUCGCCGGUGGAGGCGGUGCACCAAGACAAACCCCAGCCCAUCGCUUCAAGAAUGCGGAAGAUCUCAUCAUGCCUCGUCUUACCCACCACGACACUGUUGUUGCUGCAGUGCCCCGCCGAACCUAUGCAAAUGCUCAUGCCUAUCACAUCAACAGCAUAUCCGUCAAUAGCGAUGGCGAAACCUUCAUCAGCAGCGAUGACCUCCGCAUCAACUUGUGGAACCUCAACAUUCAAGAUCAAAGCUUCAACAUCGUCGACAUCAAGCCAGCCAAUAUGGAGGAGUUGACUGAGGUUAUCACUGCUGCUGAGUUCCACCCGUUGAGCUGCAAUUGGUUUAUGUACGCGAGCUCCAAGGGGACCAUCAAGCUUGCCGACAUGCGGGAGAGCGCUCUCUGUGACAGACACGCCAAGCUAUUUGAACAAGAAGAAGACCCGUCCUCUAGGUCUUUUUUCUCCGAAAUCAUAUCCUCUAUUUCCGACGUGCGCUUCUCCUACGAUGGCCGCUACAUCCUGUCGCGCGAUUACCUCACGGUCAAGAUCUGGGAUAUCAACAUGGAGCGUCAGCCAGUGAAGACUAUUCCGAUUCACGAGCACUUGCGCCCACGCCUUUGCGACACGUACGAGAACGACAGCAUCUUUGACAAGUUUGAGGUUGUCUUCUCAGGCGAUGCCAAGAACGUCAUGACGGGCAGCUACAACAACAACUUUAUGAUCUACCCAUCCGACCCUGAGAAGGAGGUUGAAGUUGUUUUACAAGCUGACAAGUCUGCAUUCAAAGCGAAGAAGGUCGGCGUGCCGACACCUAUCAACUCGUCUACAAGCCCAACCGCCACCAACGGCGGCAAGAAGGGAGGUUCUCGUGCUGGCAGUCCUGCUGCUGGAGCCGGCGGCCAGGGCCAACGAAUGCGCAAGGAAACUGAUGCCGACCAGAUCGAUUUCAACAAGAAAAUCCUGCACAUGAGUUGGCACCCGUUUGAGGAUAGCAUCGCCAUUGCAGCGACGAACAACGCUCCGAUAGCCUCAAUGAACUCGUCGGCGACAACUCGAAGACGCGGCCAGCCGCAAGGCACUUCAUCGCUCCCGUCGGAGAAGAUGGACACCAGCGUCAACGCUCGAGCUCCAUACGACAAGGUCGCUAAUAGCCUGACCUUGAAUGGGCAACAGUCAUCAGACGCCGAGAAAUCCUUACAAGGCGCCAGCCGCAUCAUAAUCGGCCUCUUUUCUCAAUGGAUUGCCGUCGGUGUCAUGCUUGGCCUGAUCUUCGGUGGUUGCUGCUCUAAUGUCUACGCCCUGGAAGCUAUCAUCAAGGUCGAGCCUUCGAGUGGAACGCUGUUGACGUUUGUCCAAUUCCUCUUCGUAGCCGUGACCGGCUACGUUUCGCAGUUCGAUCGAUCGAGACCACCCUUCUUCUUACGACAGAACAAGGUGCCCCUGCGACGCUGGUUUAUCAACAUUGUGCUCUUUUUCAGCAUCAAUGUGUUAAACAACCACGCUUUCAGCUACGACAUCUCUGUCCCAGUCCAUAUCAUCCUGCGGUCCGGGGGCAGCAUAACAACAAUGAUCGCCGGGUCCCUAUACGGGAAGAAAUACUCGCGUAUCCAGAUUGUGGCUGUUAUUCUGCUGACGCUUGGUAAUACAACCAAGUCAGCUGCGCAGAGUGAACGACCAGCUUUCGGGACUGGUCUGAUUAUACUUUUCGUGGCACAGGUUCUAUCAGCUAUCAUGGGACUGUACACCGAGGAGACGUACAAGAAAUACGGCCCACAGUGGAAAGAGAAUCUGUUCUACUCCCACUUGCUAUCUCUGCCGCUCUUCCUACCCUUCAUGCCGUCCCUCGCCCGACAGUUUCGGCGUCUAGCCCACAGUCCGCCUCUCUCUCUGCCGAUGCUAGGACAGACAACUGGAUUUACCCUUGGCCAGGAUUUGCAAGGGGGACUGGCCAAGCUUCACAUUCCGAGCCAACUUGCGUACCUCGUUACAAACGUCCUGACGCAGUACGCAUGUAUCCGAGGCGUCAACCUCUUGGCUGCUGUUUCCUCAGCACUGACGGUCACAAUCGUACUGAAUAUCCGCAAGCUAGUCAGCUUGCUCCUCAGCAUUUGGCUUUUUGGAAAUCGUUUGGCGGCGGGCACCUUAAUUGGGGCUGUGAUUGUGUUUGGAGCAGGCGGGCUCUACUCCCUUGAUUCAAGGGCCAAAACCUCAAGAGUGCAAAAAGGCGCUGACACCGAAUAUUCUUCACAAGACCCAACCUCUGCCUCGACUUCACCCAAGCGAGGCAACACAUUCUCGCUUCAUGACCUGGACACGGAUUCCGAGGGCGAUCUAGGCGCCCAUGAUUCCCGAGGUGACACGGGCUCCGAAAGCUCAGAGGAGCAAACCAAAGGCGACGCAUCAUCAGUGAACACCCGUCCUGCCCACGACAAGAGUCAUGAUGAGUCAGGCCUGCAAGACGGAAUGCUUCCUCGUGACCUUCCCACUCGCACCGCUUUCUACGACCCUGUUGCCGAACGCCAGAUGAGCCAAGCAGAUGCCAAGUUAUUCUAUCAGAGGAGCCAGGCUGGCCAAUUACGCACCGGCAGUGGUGUAUGGUCGCAAGGUCACUCCACGCCCCAUGGGAGCCCUUUAAUUGUGGGUUCAGACCCUCGUGAUGGUUCCGCGGGCGCGAGUGCGGGGACAAGAGGCAUCGAUCAAGCUAUGGACUCUUCGCCAUUAGGCCAAGAGAAAGGGCAGUUGAGGGGGAAAACCUCGGCUCGCGAAGACUUGAUGCUGCCGGACCCUUCACAGCCUCCUGGGCGAUCGGUCGGCGGAGAGGGUGCCCCCCCUCCUCGAAGUAACCCCUUCCAGAACGAGAUGCAUGAGAUCGCGCAAGAAGGAGCUCAACUGAAUACGAGUCACCGGUCUGACGCAAACCCGUCGAUGUCCAGCCAGUCUGCAGCUCUUGGUGUUGCUGCAUUCUCAGAUACAGAUCCCCAUAUCACGGCUGAGCUCAGCUCUAUCUCCAAGAACAUCCAAAGUAUUGUGCACCUUCGAAAGAGGUACAUUGGGCUCUCACUCCAAGGCCCCGAUGAUAAUCCCAAAGACGACGCAUCCUGGGCGAUCUAUCCCCCACCUCCACAGCCAGCCUGGGGCGCUGAGCAUGCACGGGCAGCUGCAUCAACAGACGCCAUGAACAGCACUGCUAAUAGUCUGACCGGAAGCAUGGUCCUGCCGUCUACAGCGGCAGGUUCAGAUCUGGAGCCAAAACGGAUGAUGAAGAAAAGAAAGCCGGGCCAAGAUAUCGGGGAGGAUUUCGAUAUGAAUGAUCUUCUGCCACUGCCCGCAGUUGACACAAUGACAUUCAAGCUGGAUGACAGUGGUGUCUACCAGGUCUUCGACAGUGAGGAUGCUGAGGCGAGUGGUGUCCCUCUCGUUCGUGUCCCUACUAUUCGCGAAUUCUACAUGGAUCUUGAUCAGAUCUUGAGUAUCUCCUCGGAUGGUCCUAGUAAGAGUUUCGCAUUUCGUCGGCUGCAAUAUCUCGAAGGCAAAUUCAACCUCUACGCGCUUCUCAACGAGUAUCAAGAGACCGCGGACAGCAAGAAAGUCCCCCACAGAGACUUUUACAACGUGCGUAAGGUCGACACACACGUUCAUCACUCUGCGUGUAUGAACCAAAAACACCUUCUGCGUUUCAUCAAAAGCAAAAUGAAAAAAUGCCCGGAUGAGGUAGUGCUCUUCCGCGACGGUCGGUAUCUUACCUUGGCAGAGGUGUUCCAGAGCAUUAAUCUUACUGCUUACGAUCUGUCCAUCGAUACCUUGGACAUGCACGCACAUACGGAUUCCUUUCACCGCUUCGACAAAUUCAACCUGAAGUACAACCCAAUUGGCGAGUCGAGGCUCCGAACAAUCUUUUUGAAGACAGACAAUUUCAUCAACGGACGCUAUUUGGCUGAGAUCACCAAGGAGGUGAUCGCUGAUCUGGAGUCAAGCAAAUACCAGAUGGUCGAAUGGCGCAUUUCCAUCUAUGGCAAGUCACUCGACGAAUGGGACAAAUUAGCCGCCUGGGUCGUUGACAACAAGCUCUUUUCUCACAAUGUUCGAUGGCUCAUUCAAAUUCCUCGUCUGUAUGAUGUUUAUAAGGCAAGCGGACUCAUGGACACGUUUGAGCAAGUUGUGAAGAACGUAUUCGAACCUCUGUUUGAGGUAUCCAAGGAUCCAUCAAGUCACCCAAAGCUGCACAUCUUCCUGCAGAGAGUGAUUGGCUUUGAUAGCGUCGAUGACGAGAGCAAGGUUGAGAGGCGUCUGUUCAAGAAGUUCCCAGUGCCGAAGGUAUGGGACUCAAAACAGAACCCGCCGUACAGUUAUUGGAUCUACUACUUGUUCUCCAAUAUGGCAUCGCUCAAUAUCCUCCGACAGCGUCGUGGCUUCAACACAUUCGCGCUCCGUCCACACUGCGGUGAGGCAGGGGACAGCGAACAUCUUGCCGUUGCCUUGCUGUGCUGCCAUAGCAUUAGCCACGGACUGUUACUGCGCAAAGUCCCUCUUCUGCAGUACAUCUUCUACUUGGAGCAAAUAGGUAUUGCCAUGUCGCCUCUAAGCAACAACGCCCUAUUUCUAGCUUACGAGAGAAACCCUUUCUAUCAAUACUUCCGCAGGGGUCUGAAUGUGUCCCUUUCCACAGACGACCCUCUGCAGUUUGCCUUCACCAAAGAGCCAUUGAUGGAGGAAUACGCAGUGGCCGCCCAAAUCUACAAGUUGGGCUCCGUGGACAUGUGCGAGUUGGCAAAGAACUCGGUCAAGCAGAGCGGGUUCGAGAACGCAAUCAAGGAGCAAUGGCUGGGACCUAACUACAACUUACCUGGCAAGGCUGGCAACACCAUGGUGAAGACAAACGUCCCGGACCGCCGAGAGGAGUUCAGAUUUCAGACGCUCAUGGAAGAGCGUGACAUGCUUCGCAAAUACAUUGCGUACGGUGCCAGGGCGUCUUCGGAUUUAAUGACAAGCGCCGACCAGCAAAGCACUGCUCAGUCCAUCAUAGCCGGUCAGCACGGGGCUCCGCGCGAACAACUCAGCGGAGGACCCGAAAACGCAUCUGUAGCCGGGGGUGGCGAGAAGUCUGAAGUAGAUGCGUCAAGCACUAGGGCGGUCUUUCGGGAUGAUGUAGUCGGUUCACCUGCUAGCCUGCCUUCAGCCAAAGAAGCAUCGUGGGCAGUAGAUGCCCACAAUUUAAGCCAGGAUCCCAAAAUGUUCCCUGGUGUCGUCAGCCGAGGACAGGGGGGCGGCAGCAGCCAGACCAUCGAAGACAGGCACUCGUCAUAG